GAGGCCCCGCCGCCAUCUCGCGUCCCCGCGGGCGCCUCCCGCGUAUUCCCGCCCUCUCCCCGCGGGGGAGGCGGGUGCGAGGCUGAGCCUCCCGCUCCGCCGGGCGGGCCUCCCGCCGCCUAAACUCCUCCCCGCAGAAGGAGAAAGUCACCAGGGGGUGGGGAGAUGAUGACAGGUCCGGGAAGCCGCCGUCGGCAGCGGCAGACAGUGGGUUCCGGCUGCCCGCCUGCUCCGGCCCCCGCGAAGCCGUCGCCGCCGCCCCCGCCAUGAGCUCCCCGCAGCGCCCGCCGCUCGCCCACGUCUUCAGGGGGACCUUCGUGCACUCCCGGCUCUCCGUGCCCAUGGAGAUCCUGCAUGGACACCUGCUGGGGGUGGACGACGGCGGCACGAUUGUGUUUUUGGAGCAAGCUGAUCAGCAAGAGCAACUGGCUAAGAAGUGGGGCUUCAAAACGUCUGACAUAAGAGAACUGAGUCAUCAUGAAUUCUUCAUGCCAGGAUUGGUUGACACACACAUUCAUGCUCCUCAGUAUUCAUUUGCUGGUACAAGAGUAGAUCUACCUCUUUUGCAGUGGCUAACUACUUACACGUUCCCAACGGAAGCCAAAUACAAAGACAGUGAUUUUGCAGAAGAAGUGUACACUAGAGUUGUUAGACGAACUCUAAAGAAUGGCACCACUACAGCUUGCUACUUUGCUACAAUUCACACAGAUACUUCUCUUCUUCUGGCUGAAAUUAUAGAUAAAUUUGGACAACGAGCAUUUGUUGGCAAAGUCUGUAUGGAUAUAAAUGACACUGUACCACACUACAAAGAGACUACAGCUGAUUCUGUUCAAGAGACAGAAAGGUUUGUUAGAAAGCUAACGGAAAGGCAAUAUCCAAGGGUACAACCUAUAGUAACCCCCCGCUUUGGCCCUUCCUGCACAGAAGAUUUGCUGCGUUCACUUGGUGAUUUAGCACAAGCUCAUGACCUACAUGUGCAGAGUCACAUAAGUGAGACUGAAGAAGAACUCAGACUUGUGGAGAACAUGUUUCCUUCCUAUCAGAGUUACACUGACUUGUAUGAUAAAAACAAGCUGCUUACCAGCAAGACAGUGAUGGCUCAUGCCUGUUAUCUUUCUGACGAAGAGCUGGAACUUUUUAAUCUUCGUGGAUCUGCAGUUGCACAUUGCCCCAGUUCUAAUUUUUCGUUGAGCAGUGGCAUCUUAAAUGUGCAAAAGGUUCUCAAACACAAUGUGAAGCUUGGCCUCGGCACAGAUGUUGCCGGGGGAUAUUCAGCUUCUAUGCUUGAUGCUAUCAGGAAAACAAUGAUGGCAUCUACCACCCUUCAAAUUAAUAAACUGAAUGAAAGAGGACUAACUCUUAAAGAAGUUUUUCGACUUGCAACUUUAGGAGGAAGCCAAGCUCUAGGACUAGAUGAUGUGAUUGGAAACUUUGAGGUUGGCAAAGAAUUUGAUGCACUGCUCAUCAACACCAAGGCUUCAGACAGCCCUUUUGACUUGUUCUCUGGUGAUACUUUUGAGGACAGUCUUGAGAAGUUCCUUUAUCUAGGCGAUGACCGGAAUAUUUCUGAAGUGUACGUGGCUGGAAAGCAAGUGGUUCCUUUUUCAAGUUUAUCAUUAGCAGUCACGCAGAAGAGAACUGGUGGAAGAACCAAGUGAAAAAUACAGAAUUGGUCAAACAGGCACAAGCUGCAAGAGCGGAAAGGCUGCGCCAUUCUGUGAUGCUGUGAGCUGAAACUACAUUUCCUCAAAUUUCACUCUGAUGUUUAGAAGCAGUCUGCCUCAUCUUCCACCUAUUCUCUACCCACUUGUUGAAUCUCCUUCAGCUGAGUGACCACUGAAUGAAACUCACGUAAAAACAGAAGCAGGCACUGAGGUGUCUGAGUGUGCUUCUCGAUGCCAAACAAAUACUUUUUUUCUGGACUAGAGGGCGUGCUUCCUCUACUUCAGCCUCUUGCAGAACCUUACUAAAUUCAUUUGCUCCUGAUUAUUCAGACUAUGAGUUAUAAAAUGUCCCUUCUGCUUUCUGUACUAGAAGUGAGUAUGUUUAAAACAAAAUCUGCAAGAAAUGUCUAUCUCUCGCUGUUACCACCUUUGACUUGAGGUGUUAAUUCCUCUCUGGAAAGAAGCAACUCAGUUUCAGUGUGGUCCUCUGUGUCUUUCAACACUGGAACAGUAAUUCCAGCCCUAUAAAAUGCCAGCUAAAAACAACAACAACAACAAAAAAGUGUGCUUUUUAUUUUAUUAGUCCACAUGAUUUCCUUUCUUAAAAAAGUGUAUUUCCCAGCUUGUUAUUGGAGGUUUUGUUUUGUUUUGUUUUUCCAAUAGUUUGAGAAGGGAGUUUCUUGUUCCUUUAUUAUUAUUAUUAUUAUUUUUAAUGCAAAGAAUAUGAACUUUAAUUUCAGUGUCAGUGGAGACAAUAUUGCACUGCAUUGCUAUAUAUAUGUGUUGAGUAUGGUUUUGAGGCUUCCUUCAAACUCCUUUGAUUUCAAUGAGCUUAGUUUCAUACUUUUAUCUCACUGUCUGAUGAUACAAAGGCACAAGACCUCCUUAUGCUUCUAAAACAAGGGAGGUAACUGCAUCAAAGUCUCACUCUGGGUCUGUGUACAAGGGAACAUUUGGCCUAGUAUCGCUAACAACUUGCUCUGAUUUUAACAAGCAUUUUCAGAGCUUACAUACAUUUAAGGUUAUGCCUAGAUGAGACAGUUUAGCAUCAAAUACAAGCUAGCUUAGGCAUUGAAAGUACCUAAAGUCAUUUUCAGUGUGGUUGUGUGUGUGUGUGUGUGUGUGUGUGUAUUUUUUUUUCUUGACGCAGAGUAGCCCUACUGAACAGCAAGGUAUUUUGGCUUGCAUAUGCCACCCUAAAGCAGCUGCAGUGCUUGCUCAUGUAGAGUUAGCUCAGGUAUCUUCACAUGGCACUGGUCUGUGCUAUAUGUUUGCUGAAGUAUACUCUUUGUUUCCAUUAUCUUUAAUAUAAUAAUUUUUAAUAAUUCCUAAGGCUUUAGGAUUUAAGAUAUAAAGAUUAAAGUUUUCACAUUCCAUCAAGGUGUCUGCUUAAAAAGAUUGUUCUUCAUGUGUCCCAAUUAGAUACAUAGUAGCACACUUUCUUGGCAAAUACAAUCUGCAAUUCUUUACCUUGGUUUCCUGAUUCAGGGAGCAUUUUUCCUCAUGAAUUUUGACAUGAAUUAAUUGACCAAAUUUCACAUUCCAAAACCAAAGAUCUGUGAGACAUAUGUUUUAAUUCUCCAGUUACUGUCUGAAACUAUUUUUAGGGAGUUGCAUGGUUUACAGCUUUGGCUUUCCUGUAGGAAUGUAUUUUGGGACAUAGAAAGAUUACGCAGCUUUGUGUACUAUGUAUGUUUGUGCUGUAGUUCUUUGCUUCCAGAGCUAUGAAUUAUAUCAACACUUUUAUUUAGUGGUAGUCCAAACCGUGCCUGACUUUAUUGCUUUCUUGCUAUUUUGUGGUGUUGUUAAGAAUGGGAUUCAGUAUUUCUUCUUGAAAGAUUUGGCAGGGGGAGGAGGGAUUGCUUAUUUGAAAACUAGGAAUACAGAAAAAAAAUUCUAACAAGCUCAAUACUAGCUCCUGCUGGCCCAUUUACAAAGGGACUCCCUAGGAAAAGUACUGCCAGUGAGCUUUGGAUUUGAGUAUGGGAUGUGUAAUGAGUAGUUUCCCACUUGUUAAAAUUCAGGCACAAGGCAGGAACUUAGCUUUUUGAUUACAGCUUUACUGGUGUCUGGUAGCCAGACACAGGCGAGACUUAGAAUUGGAGAAUCAACUUUUCAAGAAUCUCAGCUGAAGAAGGAGCUCUUCCUGCAACACCAUACAUUCCCCACGACAGGGGAGGAGCAUGGGCCAAGAUGAACAGUGUUCCAUUGGACUUAGAGGUGCUUAGUGGUAAAGAAAAGAAGCCAGAAUUUGGUGUGAGAGGAAGCCAGUGGAGGAAUUAAUAUAGCCCUGUAAAGAACAAAUCGGAAGGUAGUUUCAAUAGAAGCAUCUUAAACAGAAUUGAAGGAAGCAAGACUGUAAUGCCAGAAAAAAAAAUAAUGAAGUAGGGCCCCCUGAGGUAGACCUAAAAGCUCUUUCAGUGGAAGAUGGCUUACACACUGAAAUCUUAACGUUUUAGGAGAGUCAGAGGAUGUGUUAGCCAGACUUCUCUGAAGCAAUUUUGGGAAAGUCACUGAGGAUCCCACUGUGAAGUAUUAGUCCUUGGGACUCUCUGGUUAUGUGCAGAUAGCCAAGAUGCUUGGUGCAGUAGGAGAAUAUCAGUAGAUGAAAUCAGUUACUGUUGAUACUCAUACGUCUACACCGUAUGCAGUCAGUGCCUACAUAUAGUCUGAUUCCUUGGAUGAAUGUCCCCACUGCUUACGUGGUCUGAAGCAAGCAAAAUAAUUAGUGCAGAUGCUUGAAGUCUCUAUUAGAGGUUGGAGUGUAUCUGGCAUGAAACUGAGCCUCCAGUGUAGAUUCUUCCAAGAAAAACUUAAUCCUUGGUGGUAUACCAAAACCACCCUACAAACUGAACCAAUAUUCUGUAAGUGAGGCUGACUGGGAAAUUCACUUCAAAACACCACUACUAUCUCAAACCAAAAGUGCUAACAGAGGCAAGGACAUAGCACCGUUCCCCCUCCAUACUUAUUGCCACAGAAAAUAAAUGAAAGCAACUUCCCUUCUCCUCCUUCCUCUUCCAAAAAGAAAUAAAAUAAUCAUUAAAAAAAAAAAAAAAAGUAAGUAGAAAUAAGCCAACCACACGCUAAGGGGAGAUGACUAAGUAGAAGAAAAGAUAAUUUUCAGUCAGCAUAAAAUGAUAUCAUGCUAUUGACUUAAGAUAAAGCCUCUGGAAAAAUGUACAUGCAACCGUUUCCAGAUGUCAGUCCCCAUUAGUUGUCUUUCCAGAUCGUGGAUGGGAUCUUUAUUUUUAACGUUUCUUUGUGUUCAAUGUCAACAAACCAUUCAGACAAAAAUAAGUGUAGUUUGUGGAAAGCUUGCUUGUUGGGACAAUGUGCUUAAUGUGUUCUAUGUUCAGAUGACCAGUUAUUUAUUAUAAAUGGAGUAUAUUUGAAUUACUUUUAUAUGUUGAUCUCAUUGUGUCGCGUUAGUUUUUGAUUAUUAAUGAAAUGCAAGUAAGUAUCGCUUAUGCAUUAUGCAGCAUUAUUUGAAUUAUUCAUGUGUGGCAAGUGGAAUUCUUCACUUUAAAAUGUUGGCUUGGCCUAAUGUUUAUAUUUAUUGUGUGGUUUUGUGCAAUCAGAAAGCUUUAUAGAAAAAAAAAUAUAUUUGUUCACUGUACUGAGAAUUUUCAUUAUUGUAACUGGAAUUUCUGUCAAAAAGAGAUGUUAAAAUGACCCUGUUUGAAAGUCUGUGCCUGAUUAUACAGUCAUGAAUUUAAAAAAAAAAAAAAAAAAGUAUAAUGGUUUUAUAAAAGCUGACAUGAAUAGUAAUGUUUUAAUAAAAAAAAAUUACAGAGAAAUAGAUUUUUUAUUCUACUCAUGAUUGUGCAAUGCAGAUUAGCAAAAGUUAAUCAUUCUUCCUAAAUAUCUGCUAGUCUACUGAGCAAAGAAUAUAACUCUGAUUGCACAUUUAACAAGAAUAUACAUGUUUUGAAAAAGAAAAAGCCUAACUUCUUUCAGAGAACAUCUCAAUUUUAAUUGGAAAUUAUAUUAACAAUAUUACUCAGAAAGAGUUUGAAUAAGUUAAGCUUUUCCAUAAACAAUUCAUAACAGAUGGUAGGGUGGACAGCUUCUAAAAUAGUGCUGGGUUUGUGUGCUUAAAUGGUGAUAUAUUACAUGCAGCCCUGUGUAUAGUAGUGGUCAACACAUCUCUAAAGAGAUGGUGCGCAAGUAGAAGGAAUAUCAGAAAAAUGAAAAAAAAAAAAAAAAGAAGGAACAUGGGGAAUUUGAGAAAAGACUGAAAAAAAUUUUGUAAAGAGAUUUCAAAAGGCUGGUAGUAGAAUGAAAAAUAAUUCAAAGUAGAAAUAAACUGAACUAUGGACUAGGGGAGGUCAGAAAAUCACGAUGACAUAUCAAUGAAGUUUUAGGUGGGAAAUGCUCAGAAAAUAUGACAUUUUUUUCAGGCUGUAUUCUGUUAAAUCAUAGACUUCGUUCCUUCAGAAGGUCAUUGAAGCCCAACAAUGGAACAGAUUUCCAAAGCGAAGCAGUUAUUUAUGUGCUUAGAAAAAGAGCCCAAAUUAUCACAGCCAAUUAUAACACUUUUCAACCUCUCAAAAUCUACUUCAAGAUUUAAACCAAAAUUACCUGUAACAACUCCAGAAGAAACCUAAUACAAGUUAGGCUUUAUCUUCACAUCUCCCGUGAAACAUUUGGCAUUGGCCAGGUCAGAUACUGAAGCAGUCUGAGCUCAGGGAAGAACCUCUGCUCAUGCAUGCCCCACACAUCAUGCACCUUAUGGUGCCAUGAUGACAGACUCCAGCACAGGAAGAAAAGUAUCUGGUGUGGUUAGACUUUCCUGAAAAUGGGCUGUUUUAAAAAUCAGCUUGUUUUCAAGUCCAGAACACUGCAGAGAGCACAGCACAUUUUAUACUGCACAUACCUAAUAGGGAACUUAAAGCUACCAGGAACUUUGGCCUAAAGUUUGCUGUUGUUGUUUUAAGCCCUGCUGCUGUUAUGUGUAACAACUUACGCUUCUCUCGAAAGAGAAGCAAGCAAAUGACAUCUGCAAGGCUCUCAAAAGAAACAACAGCAACAAAAACAAUUCUUAGCAAGCCAAAAGGACAUCAGCAACAAUCUGCUAUGUAAAGUUAAUAAAACUGUUAGUUUUCCUCGAAAGGCUGAGCAGUGCUUUUGGAGGGCAGUUUCCUGGAAAUUUCAAUGGAAUUUUUUUCUUGGAAAAUGUCCUAAAUCAGCGUGUGCUUCAACCAAUGAGAUCUCCUGUGGCUUCUGCAAGCGGCAGCGAUUUGUGCAGAAGUGAAUGCAAUAGGCAUGCCUGGAGUCAUACUUUCUCCCUGGCCAGGACUCAGACUUGCGUAUUCAGUUCAUGGUUUCUCGCAGACUUCAUUUUAAUUUGAAAAUAAGUGGUAUGAAUGAGUACAACCGGGAGAAGGAUAAGGCUUGAAAGACAAUCUUACGCCCACCCACCUAAAACUUCAACUCAAAAGAUCUCUCCCAUCAGGAAAGUAUUAUGUUUGCACAACUCUUAGGCUCAGUGUUUUGGCUUCAUGACUUGAGUCAGCAGGUAGCAAACACAGCCAAGACCAGGAUGUGAAAUGUAAGCAGCUGACAUAAACAUAAAAACAUUUUACCUUGGUCUGUGUUUGAGUCACCAGAAGCUUUGCUUAGCCCUGUGCUCCUAGGCUCCUUUACAUAGAAAACUCCCUGGAGCUAAGCCUUCAGUAGAAGGGACCAGUGUUGGUGACAACUGAAGAUUUUGAUCUCUGUGUCCUAUCUGACCUGGCUUUGGAGAUGGGUUGUGUGCUCCUUUAAAAGCUUUUGCUGAUGAAGCUUUUAAGAAGUGAUUACACGUAUUCAUUAGCUGUUGAAGAUAGCAGACUGUCAACCCUUGCUUCUAUAUGAGCCUUCUUUCCCCAGGGGAGAAUGGGCAUUUCAAUGCAGUGAGCUUUCCUGAUUCUGGUCCUUGGUUUUGUCAGCUUGUCACCUAUCGUGUGUAGGCUCUGUUUUGUUCUUUCAUGAAGAAUACCAACCAGGACUUAUGUUGUUGAAUGCCUCCUCCCUGUUGUGCUUAUGUGUAACUUCAAGGAAGAACAAUGUAUUUGGAAAAAGUGCUAUAUGUGAUUUCCUCUGUUCUGCUUGGUUUUGAUCAUGCUAAAUGGGAACUUAUGUGCUGUUGAAACAAAAUAAAGUGGCCUUGCGUUUACACCA